AUGGAGACGGGCGCCGUGGCGACGGGGGCGCUGGACGAGUUUGCAGUCCCCGAGGAGGCCCAGGCAGCCGUCAUGGAGCAGCGGCCCCGCAUCGAGCGGCUCUUCGGCGUGGGGCUCAACGUACUGGGGGUGCUGGGCGCCGGGCAGGGCCCUUCCCGCGCCCCAAUGAGCGCUGGGCAGAUCUGGCUGCAGCUGCAGGGCCCUCAGCAGGACCUGCAGAGAGCAAAGGAGUACAUCAAGGGGCUCUGCAGCCCAGAGUUGAGCAAGAAAGUCUGCUACCCUAAGGACAUGCAGUGCGUCUUUGUGGGAGCUCAAGGUCUCUUCCUGGACUGUCUCACUAAGGGGACCUCUGCCAACCUGGUCCUGCUCAGCCCUGGGUCCCUGCUGGUCUCAGGCCUAGCCGAGGCCUUUGUGAUGGCCCAGAGCCGCAUCCAGGAGUUCGUGGAGAAGUAUCAGAAGACGCCCCGGCUGCCGGAGGAGCAGGAGGCCCUGGUGAAGAAGGCCUUCCGGGAGCUGGUGGAGUCCCACGACGACAAGCAUGCCAUAGACCUUCUUAUCCUGCCUACCCCGCUCAAGGAGGAGCUGCUCAGCCUAGUGCGGGACAUCCAGCAGGAAGUUGGGGAAUGGGCACCGAGGAAUGAACUGUGGGUGCCACCGGUCAUCAGUCAAGACCAGCCGCCGUGGUGGGAAGCCAAAGCGGCAGGUGGGGCUGGGCCUCAGGGAUGGCCCCAGGACUUCUGUGACCUCAGUAGACCUCCAGAUCAGACCAGGCAUCAGGGCUCCAGGUCUGGCAUCCCAGGCAGUUCUCAGGACCAGGCAAAGCUGGAGGAGGAGGCCUCUGAGAGGCCAGUGCUUUACAAGCGGUCGUCGAAACCCAUCCCAGGUUUGGACGCCAGCCAGCAGGCUCAAGACUUGAAGUUCCCCGCCACCCAGGACAGGGUGAGGGAAGUGGAGGAAAGGGGGCCAGAGGAGAGCAGCCAGGAGGAGGAGGAGGAACCAUUGGCCGGGGCCCUGUCAUCAUCGUGGACAGAGAAGGAGUUCAAGAUGAGGCUGAACUUCUUCAAGACUAUGGGCUACGAGGAGCGGGUGGUGAAGAAGGUGCUGCUGGAAUGUGGGGUGCAGGAAGCCCCCUCAAAAAUCUUGGACAGGGUCCAGAUGGAGCAGGCCUCCUCCUCCCAGCAGGAGCAUGGCCCCGUACCCUUCCAGGAGUCCGGGGCAAGGGAGAUGUCUUCUCCUCCUCCUCCGCCACCGGAGACGACCCAAGAUGAACACGAAUACCUGCUGGAGGUCAUCAAGUCAGCAGCGGCCAACUGUGGCCACUCGCCCAGUGAGAUCCCGGCUGAGAUCUGGACAGGGGUCCCCUUGGCCGGCCUGCUGAGAAGGCUCAACGAGAAAGCCAACCAUCAAGAGGAGGCCAGGGUUGAGACUAGGCUGGAGCACAGAGGCAGCCGCAGAGAUGGAGAGCUGGCCCUCUCGAAUGGCAAGGAGUAUCCCCAGGGUCAACAUCACUGCGAGCCAGGGAGGAAAGGCGGGUCUCCUAUCCACAGGGGAGUCCGUGGCCCACCUCCCCUCCCAGAAGGCUCUGAUUUCCCCAUGGAUGUGACCCCCGUAGCUUCCCCUGCAUGGGCUGCCGAGGAGAGCCAGCCAGCUGAGGAUGUGUACCCAGUGCCGACGGUGACCGGAGCCCAGCGGUUCAAGGAAGCCAUCCAGACACCAUUCAAGCUCAUCUUGGCCAACACGCCAGGGAAAAAGAACCUAAGGAGGGUCAUUAUCGAUGGCAGCAAUGUAGCCAUGGUGCACGGCUUACACCAGUUCUUCUCCUGCCGGGGCAUCGCUCUGGCUGUGCAGUAUUUCUGGGACCGUGGGCACCGGGAGGUGACGGUCUUCGUGCCGCAGUGGCGGAUGGAGAAGGUUGCCAGGGUGGAAGAGAGACAUUUCCUGACCCAGCUGCAGGACCUGAGCCUGCUGUCUCUGACGCCCUCACGUCAAGUGGCCGGGAAGCGCAUCACAUCCUAUGAUGACAGGUUCAUGCUCAGGCUGGCAGAGGAGACCAACGGGGUCAUCGUCACCAAUGACCAGCUCCGGGACCUCAUGCAGGAGUCCAAGAAAUGGAUCAGAAUCAUCAAAGAGAGACUGCUGCAGUUCACCUUUGUGGGGAACAUCUUCAUGGUUCCAGAUGACCCACUGGGCCGAGAGGGUCCCACCUUGGAUGAAUUCCUGCAGAAACCCCUCAGCCGGCCAGCCUCCCAGACGGAGGUGCUGCAGUUGCGGGACAGGAAGCCCCCCGGGGAGCGGCGGCGGAGGAGACAGCCGCAGGAGGAAAAGGAAGAGGAGGAGGAGGUGGUACGGAAGCCAUGGGAGACUGAGCAGCUGAGGCAGGAGCUCCUGACAAUCUUCAUGGGUCAGGACCAGAAGGUGGACUUCGUCCUGCACAGAGAGCCCUGUAGCCGGGACCUGAACAAGCUCUCUGAAAACCUGCUGAGCCUCAACUUCUGAGACGUCCACGUCAGCCACUGCUGACCCCCUGGGGUCUACCCUCAUCCUCCCACCAGCAGGGAUCACACCCACCAGAAUCCUAGCUGAACUUCAUUACCAGCAGUAAGCUAUUAACCUCCCACCUGGACCAGCUCUUCACGUGACAACCUCCCAUGGUGCAUCAUGAACAAGGACUGAACCAAUGACCUUCAGGACCAAAAUCAUGGACUUUGCCCCACAUAACUCCACUGGCUGGUAGCAGCAGGAAGCUAUUAUCCUCUCAUGUGGACAAGCCCCGCCCCAAGUCACCAGGAGGGCUUGAACCCACAGCUGUCAGUGCUAAUAAUCAUUGACCACAGCCAACUGAGCUGCAGGAGUAAGCCCAUUAGCUGGUAGCAGUAGCAGGUUGUUAUCCUGUGUGAACCAGCAUGUUAUAUAGCAGCUGGGUCACCAGCCGGGAUUGAAGCCACAACGUUAAGUGCCAACAUCACAGACGGAGCUGCAGGUGUAACUCUCAUUGUCUGGUAGCAGUAGUAGGUUAUCAUCCUGUUCUGUGGACCACAGACGUUGCAGGUGGGUUACCCGCCACAUCUUUCUCCACUCAUCCCUCUGAGGUUGGGCCUGGCAUCUGAUGCAGGUGCCCCACAGUUAGGACUUUGCCAAACGCUGAAGGACCAUUUAUAGCUAAUCUAGGAUGCCUUCCCAGAGAGAGACAUCCAGCAGCCCUUCUCUGGCCUGGGGAGAGAUAUUGCUGCAGCCGUGGGAGAACCCACCUGAACUUGCCUCAUCACCCAUGAUGGAGAAGGGACAGAUCAUGGCGUAUUUAUUUUGGAAAACUGACUGCUAUACCUGGAAGCUACGACCAAAGCCACCCAUGGGAGAAGUGUUGGCUGGUCCUUCUCCAAGCCAACCAUUUGUGGUGGCAGUGGCAGCUUGAGGUUCACAGGACAACCUGGCGACUGCCUCCAAACCCAGCCAAGCUGGAGGCUCAGAGCCGGGCAGACGGAAUGCAAGUGGGUACGGUCUUCUUCAUCCUUCGUUGCAAUUGAUGGAUGAGGGGGAAGAGGGAGAUGGCGAGGAAAGAAAGAUUGGAGGAGCCCAAGGUUGGGUCCAUACUUCUCUACCCCACUUCUCCUCCUCUCACCUUGGCCUUUGCCCUCUCAGACCCACUGCGCCAGCCCAAGGAGAUCUACAAGGCUCCUUCCAGCCAUCGUAGGAUGCUGGCAAUCAUGUCCUCUUGCUGCUGCAUGGAGAUUUCCUGUUCCAGGGACCUGCAGGAAGUCCAUAACUCUGGGCUUCCCCUCUGGUCUGUGCUGUAAGCCCACGACACAUGGAUGCUUCUCCAAGUCCAUGCCCUACGCCCUAGAUCUACCUCUGCCUGGCUCCGGUGUCAACGAAGCAGAAUCUGUUCCAAGUGCCUCCGAGCGAUGGGUGCAUUGUGGACCUUAAAGCAUGAGUCGCUCUGGCCUGAGCUCAAAGACGCCCUGGCUGUAGGAGGCUCAACAUUUCUUUGCUAGAGUUUCUCUCCAAGCUUUGGCCACCAUGCUUCCUCCUUGCUAGCCUGUCUCUUUCUGACCUUGGUCAGCUCCAGCCUUCUCUCUGUCUCCUACCUCUUGCCCUCAGCCAGGCCAAAAAUCCCGCUCAGGAGAGAGUCCCCUUCUUUGCUCUACCCAUCUUUCCUGGAGUCCCAGCUCCUUCAACAUCCUAUCCAUGUUCUGCCUACAAAGUCUUCCAAGAUCUCAUCCCCCGCCAGCCACACUCUCCCUAAGCCUCACCCCAUCUCAGCUCCGUGCUUGGAGAUGAUCUGACCCGCUUGGCACAUCCUUCAUCUUCCUGCAAUCCAAUGGCGCUUUUCCAGCCAUGUCUCCUGCAUUCCCAUCCCCUAAGCCUUGUAUUCUCCACCUUUCUUAUCUUGUCUCGAUCUCACCAAAGCUCAGGGCUUGGCGGGUCAUUACCCAGCCGUAUCAACCUUUAUACAUUCAGCGGCUAUUCAUGUAAAUACGUUUUUUGAUAAUAACGAUGAUAAAUAAAUGGCGGGGCCUGUGUG